AUGUCAACGGAAAAGUCUUUGUUUGCUACAACUAAGGUUCCAAGGUACACAUUUACAGGAGUAGGGAACACCGUACCUAAAAUAAAUGUUAAAAAAUCUCACUGCUGUUUAUAUUCAGUUUUUUCUGGCAUAGCAAUACUAGCAGCUCUUUUGAUAACGUUUUUAUAUUAUGAAAGAGUUCAGGUAAAAAACAUAAUUUCAAAUACAUCAUCAGAAUUAGACAAUUUACUAAAAUUAAAAUGGCCGAUAAAAGAAGAAAAUUAUAAGGAAGUGCAAUUACCGGCAUUGAACGAUCAAACAGACGCUUUUGAAGUAGCAUUUCAAAAUUUAAAAGAAUUAGAAUUAAUUGAAAAUGAUCUUCCAACGGUUCCAGUUAAAUCUCCAGUUUUUAGAGCUCAAAUUGCUACUUAUACAUCUGAGGAAGCAAGUAAUAUGUCUAAAGUCGGACAGCUUUUAAAUUUUGGAAAUCCCAAUAAGCACGAUACUUUAAAAAGGUGGAAGCUUUUUGAUUCUUCGGUUUUACUCGAUGGCUUCUGUUAUCCUAAUUAUACAAUCAACUGUCAUCAGUCUUUGUAUAGAACUGCCGAUGGAACUUGUAAUAAUAAAGAUUUUGAUAAAACAUGGGGAUCCGCCAUGAAGCCUUUUAGAAGAAUUCUGUUGCCAAAUUAUUCUGAUGGUAUAUCAGAGCCAAGAAAAUCAACGAAAAACGAAGAGCUACCAUCAGCUAGAAAAAUUAGUCGUCCGAGAGAACAAUUAAAUCAGGUUUCAAGCUUUUUAGACGGUUCGGUUGUUUAUGGAAGUAAUGAAGAGGUUAUGAAUAGUUUGAGAACAUUCAAAAACGGAGAACUAAAAAUGCUUAAAACAAACUUUGGUGAACUUCUUCCGAUAUCAGAAGAUCUUAAUGAUGGUUGCAACAGAGAAAAAGAAUACAAAAAUGGAAGAUAUUGUUUUUUAAGCGGGGAUGGAAGAUCAAAUGAAAAUUUAUUAUUGACAUCAAUGCAUUUAAUUUUUGCUCGACAUCAUAAUAUGAUUGCUCGAAACCUUAAAGAAAUAAAUAAGGAUUGGGAUGAUGAAAAAAUAUUUCAAGAAGCUAGAAAAAUAGUCGGAGCUCAAAUUCAACACAUAACCUACAACGAAUUUCUACCAAGUGUUCUACCACAACGUUUAAUGGAUCAUUUAAACAUAACGUCAGAUUAUUCUGGAUUUUCAAGAAAAUAUAAUUCUUCAGUUAAUCCAACAAUAUCAAACAGUUUUGCGUCUUCUGCUUUUCGCUUUGGACAUACAUUGUUACCUGGUCUUAUACAAUAUUUACACGAAAAUCAAAGUCAUGCCGAAUACGUCGAACUUCAUAAAAUGUUAUUCAAUCCAUUUAAAUUAUAUAAAACUAAAUUUUUAAAUAAUUUCAUGAGGGGAGCCAUGAACACUUCUAUUGAAAAAGCCGAUGUUUAUUUCAAUAAGGAAAUAACUAAAAAAUUAUUUAAACAAAAGGAAGAAGAAUUGUGCGGAUUAGAUUUAGUUACAUUAAAUAUACAAAGAGGACGAGAUCACGGAUUACCAUCUUAUCCAAAUUGGAGAAAAAUUUGUGGACUUUCUAAACCGAAAUCCUUUAAUGAUCUCGUUGAUGAAUUUGAUGUCGAAACUUUAAUGAAAUUGAGAUAUUUAUACAGAGAAGUAGAUGAUUUAGACUUGUAUACGGGUGCAUUGGCUGAACAUCCGGUUAAUGGCGGAUUACUCGGUCCAACAUUUACAUGUCUCAUAGCUGAUCAAUUUUUCCGUUUGAAAAUAGGUGAUAGAUUUUGGUACGAAACAAAUGAAAAACCUCAGAGAUUCACUUUGGGUCAAUUAAACGAAAUAAGGAAGACAACAUUGGGUAAAAUAAUUUGUAAAACAUCGGAAGUGAAUCAAACGCAGAUUUACGUUAUGAGAAAAAUCGGAACCGGAAACGAAUUGAAAAAUUGUUCGGAUUUUUCUUAUCCCGAUUUGUCAUUAUGGCGAAACGUGGUAAAUUUUUAA